AUGGCGGAGUUGGAAGAAAUUCUUGAAAAACUACUUGUUCCUGACAACACAGUGAUACGGCAGGUAAUACAUAUAUCCCUCCUAACUCUGGCCAAUUGAUGUAUCAUUUGUUUAUGUAAUACAGGAGUGGUUUACUUGCAUUAUUUAAGGCAACUUCUCAACUUCGUGAAGCAUUCAAGAACCCUGCUGUCGUACCAGCCCUCAUUACUGUCUUAGGCUCCUCUCAAAACCCUCAGGUAAGGCUUAAAGGUUCUGCAAAGUUUUUGAGUUUCAAUUUAAUUAAUUAAAGAAACUGUUCCGAAGUCUUAUUUGUUAUUUCCUCCUCGUUCAUCACCUAACUUGUCAGUGUUAAUUGGUGUUAAUGGACCUUUAUGCCAUUAAGUCGAGUAAAGCUCCUAACUGUCUCAGCCAACAUCAAUUUAUGUUAAAAGGUCAAAUGUCAGAGGAAAUACGACUGAAAAGGUUUCACGUUUUCUUUAGGCAUCGAUUUGUUAUUCUAGUAUAGUUAACGAAUUUACUGUAAAACGUACACAACUUAAACACGUGUUACUUGAGAAAAAUUAACGGGGGGAGGGAAAAUUAUUUUCCUGCAGUGACGGAGGAUGAGGUAUUUUAAGCGACUGCUAUUUUUCCGAAAGCGAGUGUUGCUUAGUGACCUUACAGGAUGUUCUUGAGUUUUACUAAUAUAUGCUUAACACUUCUUAUACACCAUGAAAUAGAAAUAAUAGCUUAAAUAUCGUUUAUUUUGUUUUUGUUUUUUCUUUUUUAAAGGUAAGACAAUAUGCAGCAGUUUUGUUGAGAAGACGGGUUGUGAAGCAGUGGACAAAACUUUCCCCUGAUGUUCAUGCCAUGUGAGUACAGAAUGAAGUUGGAUUCAAGCAAAUUUGCAUUCCUGCCUGAUAAUACUGUAUCCAUACUCUCCAUGCACUUUGUUAUAAAUUUCUUUUGGUAUUGACAAGGAUAAUUUUUUUUAAGAAUCAGGGCUUCUUAGGUUGCAGAUCAUUUCCUUAAUUCUCAUUAUCUAAAUUUGUGAUUUAGCAGUAUCACAGUAAGGAGAAAGUAGAUGCUGGUCUUGCUCAGUUUUUAAAGGGUGUUUGGAAAUUUAAAGGGAGAAUAGUUAGAGAAAGUAUCUAUACACAAAGAUGAGGGAUGGAGAAAGUUGGAAUGAGAGCUGUAAAGUGCUUGGGACACUCAGAGUGAUUAGCUCAUUCUCUUUCUGGGAAAGGUGUUGACAUAUUCUUUUUCAUCACAAUUUUUGAGAGGUGUAAGUUUUCCAGGAAAAUCACAGAACUAAUAAAAGUAAUUCUACAGCAUUGCACUGUGCAAGAUUUUCACUGGUAAUAAUGUACAUGAAAGAAUUACGUGCAUCUGAUCGGCUGAAAAUGAGUGCAUUUUUCAUGUAAACAAGUGCAUUUAGUUGUAACACGAAUGCAUAUCACAAAUAGCACGCACUGUCAAAAUUUUGUCAGUCUUGAUUGUCUGUGAAGCUUUUUUCUUGUAAAUUAUUGACAAUUAACAACUCAUGCAAUUUGGUGUAGGUAAACACUUGUAAAUUUUUCAAAUUUUUCAUUUUUUACUAUUUUUUGACAAUCAAGAAAUCAGAACAUUUUAAACUGUAUUUUAUUUGCCCUAGGUUAAGAGAGUCCCUCUUGCAGGUGUUGCUUCAAGAAUCAGAGUAGGUUACUUGCCCUUAAUGUUAGUUGCAUUUGGAUGUUUUAAUUUGUUGUUGUCUGUCUUGUCUGAAUUUUCAAUUUUCCAAAUCUGUUUAAGGCAACUGAAUUAUUACAUCUGUUCAUUAGUUUCAGUUUCUUGUGAUUCAAUGUUUUUAUGAGAAUCUUUUUGUUCAUUUUUCAACAAUUUGAAACUUCCAUUAAUAGUUGAUCUUUAUAAUUUUGCAGCUCAACUGUGAGAAAUUCAGCUGCACAAGUGGUAUGUUAUUCAAAUACUAUUAAUAACAACAGAAAUGAGUUGAGCAGUUGAUGUCUUUUUACCAACUAAAUAUACUGCUACAAAAGAGAAAAGAAGGACUUAGAAUCUUCCACUUUCUGCAUGCUGCUCUUCCUCCACCUCCCUCUUAUGUGAGUCUUUCUUCUUGUCCUUUAUUGUAACAGACUAUUUCCAGACUUCAUUAUCAGUUAUAUUGCAUUAUGAUUUGGCAAUGGUCUGGUAUCCUGUUCCUGAAGUUAUUGAUCUUUCUGUAGGUGAGUGUGAUAGCUAAACAUGACCUGCCAGCCAAUCAGUGGCCAAAACUGCUGGUUUUCCUUCAGCAGCACAUCAAAUCAGAGCAACCACAGCAAAGAGAGGUUAGUCAGCUUGAAGACUAAAACUUCUUCAAUCUAUCUCUGUCAUUCAUCUGGUAUGAUAAAGAACUCAAAUUUGACCUUUCAAUCCAUUUUAUGUCAUUUCAGAUGGGCAUGUUUCUUCUUAGUUCCAUCACAGAAUCUGCCAAUGAACAGUUAAGACCACAUUUCACAUCCCUGCUUCAACUUUUCUCCAGUACACUUGAAGAUCAACAGAGUAAACUAGUGCCAUUUUAUACAAUAAGGUACGUACUGUGACCUAAUAAUGUUAGUUUGGGUUUGUAAAUGUUUAUCUUGUAUGAUCAGCAAAUAUAUAUAUAUUUUUUUGUCAGAGCCCUUACCUGCCUUAUUGAAUGCAUUGGAACUGAGGAAAUUGUAAGUUUGCUGAAACUUUUUCUUUCACUAUUAGGUGUGUCAUUUCAAUUCCUGUUCUUUAAAUAUUUAAUCAACUAGGUUUUUUUUACUGUCUGACUAAAUAUAAAUUAAUAUUUGAUAUGUUUCUUGUUGUUAUUAGCCUUUAGUUAGACCACUUAUACCAAAGGUGGUAGGAUAUAUCAACCAAAUCUUAGCUAUAGAUGAGGUAAGUUGCAUGCAUGAUUAGAGUUUUAUUUAAACUUGUUUCUUAUGUAUACCACUAGAGUCACAGCAAAUUUUAUGUCAAAAGUUCAAACAAACAUUUGCUUUUUAAAGCACUUAUCUGUACAAAUACAAAAUUUCAUGUUAAAAUAUCGCUCAGUGGGGAUCCUGAAGGUCAACAAAUUUUCCUAAAAUUCUUUGGCUGAUCUAAACUUAUCACUUUUCUUAUAAAAGCCCCAAAUUUUUCAGAAUGGCCUGAUUUCCCUCUUUUUUUUGUUACAAAUCUGUUUUAAUAGCACAAGCAACCUACUUGUAAGUUAAAGAAUUACCAUGGAACUAGAAAAUCUUAGUUACUUCUCUCUUUUUUUCAAUUUGAGGAUAAAGCUUGUGAUGCUAUGGAAAUAUUUGAUGAACUGGUAGAAUCAGAAGUCAGUAUUGUGACCCCACAUUUAAGGACACUGGUUGAGUUCUGUCUUCAGGUUGGUCUUACUUAAUCCACUAGUUUACAACUGUACUACAGUAAAGCUAGGUGUACGUCAUGACCUUUAUCACCAUAAAAUUGUACUGACGUUGUUGUCUGAUGUGCUGGUGAACAAGGUCCUGGCUAGGAUGGUUCUUGUUAAUCAGAGACUAACGUUUGUAAGUCAUCAUCAGAGUCAAAAUGUCAGUUUUCCUCACCAAGAACUGUCCUUGUGACGACUAUUCUCACCCAAAACAGCACUUGAAUAAAGUAGUACAUACAUAAUGUAACUUUAACCCUUAACCCUUUACACCCUAACACCAGAAUGCAUAUUCUCCAUAUUGUUCUCUAUAGAUUUCCUAGAUUGCUGACAAAGAGAAUUUGUUUAACAAUCAAGAGCUUCUUUAGUUGGUGAUCAUUUCUUAGGACUCUGCUGUUCAUAAUAUUGAAAGGAUCAGAGUCAUUGUUAGCAAUAAUUCUAAUUUUAUUGCAGAUUGCAAGCAAUUCUUCCUAUGGAAAUAAUUUAAGGAUAAAAGCACUACACUUUGUGAGCUGGUUAGCAAGAAUAAAACCCAAGGUGAGCUUUGAUAAGUGCCUUGGUUUUCCAAGGGCUUCAUUCGCCCAGCCCCCAGAUAGAACUGCAGUUACCAUGGUUGACAAAUUCUUGCAGUCUACCCACACCCAUAAACUGCAUCAAUGGAAGGAAAAAGAGGGUAUUUUAGGAUUUGGGGAAAAUACCAACAUAUAGACUUUGAGAGGAAAACUACUUCCAAAGUGCUUUAGAACUCAAAGAUUGAGCUGCCUGAGAGCCUGCUUGCAUGCUAAACAGACAGCAGUAAGAAGUCUAAUAGGCAGCAGUAGCACCAUCUGUAACCAGAUUCUAUUAAAACACCAGCAUUAAGUCUGUUAAAUUGUCAUUGAACUAAAUUGAAAUUAGAAGUAAGACUUUGUCAUUACCACCCUGCCCUCUUUCUUCAUUCCUUCCUCUUUUACACAUGUGAGAAAAAGGUGCAGCCAUAAAGUUUAUUGCAUAUUCCUACACCUUUGCUAUGUCAAAGUAGCUUUGAGUGCUAUCUCAAUGUUCAGCUCUUGUGAAAUUUUCUGAAAUGUACAGAUCUCGACUGGAAAACUUUAACCAAGAGUUAAAGUUUUGGAAGUUAAUAGCCAGAAAUGGCUAAAGAGAGAUUAUUUAAUCUUAAAAGACUUUUCAUAUUAUAUAAAAUUUCAAUACCUUGAAUUUCUCUCUUCCAGUUAGAAGACAUUUAUGGUUGCUUGACUGUACUUAGUGUAGCUGUGAACAAAUACCCAUGAAUGUUUUUGUAAUAGGCACUUGUGAAAAACAAACUUCUCUUGCCUACAUUGUCUGUGGUGUUUCCAUUAAUGGCAUCGCCACCAAAUGAAGAUGAUGGAGAAGAUUUUGAUGAUGAUGAUGAUGACGAUGAGGUGGGAGAUGAAUCUGAAGCAAGCAGGCCUUGUGCCGUGGCUUCACAGGUAAAAUACAAAAUGAAUUGGGGCUUUGUUACAACAGUUAUGGUUUGACCACAAACCAUUUUGAGCUUUGCACUUGAAAACUUGCAUUCAAAAUAUGCCAAGAAUAUGCCAAGCAAGAAUUUUCACUGAAGAAGUUGCUGAAGUGCCCAUACCAUUCUUCAAGCCAUGCUGUUUUCCCUGUUCUCUCCAUUUUAGUUCAAGGUACAUUAACAUAAAUGUGACCUCCCUUUUUUCCAAUGUGUUUGAGUGUUCCUGGAAUUUUAUUUACUUUCUCUGAGCUAUUGUUCGACUUGUCAUUUCACCAUAUCUGAACCCUGGCUUUCAUUUUUGAAAUUGUUACUGUUUUCAACUCAUCCCACCACUUUUUCUGUAGGUACUUGAUGUUCUUGCUCUCCAUUUUCCACCUGAAUCAGUUAUUCCACCUCUGGUAAGUAAACUGUUUGGCUGAAUAAACUGUAGUAAGACUGGACUUAGAGAACUAAAUGUUUCUGAUGCCUUUACAGAUGCAAUUGGUCCAGCCAGCUCUUACAAGUGAAGAUCCUUACAACAGAAAAGCAGCUCUAAUAGCACUGGCUGUACUUGCUGAGGGGUGUGCAGACUACAUCAGGAACAGGUUUGAUUGUGUUUUACAAAAGCUCCAUUAAUUACACAAAUGUUUAGUUCAAAGAACAUCCAACACUUUCUCAUCUAUUACCAAUGAACUUUUAAGAGAUUAACAAUAUUCAUAGGGGCUCCAUGCUUGUGAAAACAGUUAGUUUACAUGGUAGUUGAUGCCCAGUAUAUAGGCUUGAAAGAGUCAGUUAACCUCACUACAUUACACCAACAAAUUUCCAGGGGAAGCUUCACUGUAUGGUUCACCACCAACUUUUUACUGUAUUCUUUUUGGGCUUUAGAUACCUUGAGGCAGCAUUACAGACAAUUUGUAGAGGUGUGUAAAAGGAAACAUUAUGUUAGUGAAUUUUAUUAGUACUCAUAUGACUCAAAGAGGUGGGAGAUACAAUAAAAGUUUGAUAUGUUUCCAUGGCAAGAAUAUUUUUUAUUAGCUAAUAUUUGUAUAUGUUCAUUUAUAAUUAUAAAAAUAUCAAGUUAAUACAUUUCAUUCUCUUCAGGUCUUGCAGAUCAGAAUACACUGGUUCAGAAUGCAGCACUGUUUGCAUUGGGUCAAUAUUCAGAAUAUUUGCAGGUGAUAUGUAGUUUUAAAUCUCACUCAAAAUUUAUAACUUAUUUUAAAUUAAUAUUUUAUGAAUUCCAGCAUUUUGUUUGUAUUCAACUUAUCUCUCCACAGGUCCAUGAAAUUAUUGUACUAAUUAUAAUAAUUUCUUAUAUUAUUAUAUUUUGUUAUUGUUGUUAUUAAUAUUAUCAUUAUAAUUACAAAAAUAUGCAAGUGUACUGUAUUUAAAUAAUUGCAACUUACCUCAAUAUACAGGCUUUCCAUUUAAAAUAGAUAAUUAUAUAUGAGCUAUUUACAAGGCUAAAAUAUUUAAAAAGCAAAAACCAACCAUUUUCAACUCUAGGUCAUCAUCAGGUUAAAAUGACUGAAUACCCCAAUGAUGACCUAGGAUAAAAACAUUUGGUUUUUACUUUUUAAAUAUUUUAGCCUUCUAAAUAGCUCAUUCUUUAAACCUAAGCAAACUUGAUAGACAUGUAUUUACAUAUUUUUCUGUUCAACAAUUGUUAUUUUAUUCAAGAGAUUGUUUUUAUUCUGUUUCUUUCCAGCCAGAUAUUAGUAAAUACAGUGCAGAUAUCCUCCCACUUCUGUUUGAGAGACUUGUUAAUACCUCUGCUGAGAGUGGACAAGCAUCACCUAGUAUAUCAAGGACUUACUAUGCAUUAGAAACAUUCUGUGAAAAUCUAGGUAAUAAGACUUGAGAUUUUUAUGUUAAAUAUAUCAUGCUGCGUUAACAAGAAAAAAAUAGACAAAUAAAAAAUUUAGAGAACCUUUUUGGGAUUUAUCUGGUAUCAGUAACACUUUGUGUCAAGCAAGACACUUUGUUUCUCAGUGCCUCCCUCCAUCCUAGGGCAUGAAUGUGUAUCAGGGAAGGCUUGUGAAGUUAUGGUGAUGGUGGGGGGGAGAGGGAGGGGAUGGGGGGGGGGUGUUUACCUUCAGUGGACUGGCUUCCCAUCCAGAGAACAUAGUUGUACUCCUGGUGGCUUCAUGCCAUUAGGAGAGGUUCAAGUGCAGACUUUACUUUUACCAUGGCUUAACUGGUUACUUGAAUCAUUUUAUAGAAAUAUUUCAAACCACAGAAAUUUCACAUGUUCAGAUUUGCCAAAGAGGUAGUAUGGAAAUUAAAGAAUAUUGUAGUGUUGAUGGAUGUAGUUUUUAAUAACUAAAAUGCGAUUUUUACCAGAGUGGAGUAAAUUCUCCUUUCCACACAGUAUUAUACACGCAAUCACUCUACUAAGACAGCUGAUUAAUUGUUAGAGUUAAUGGUUUUUUUUUUGUAGGAGAGGGUAUCCUUCCAUAUCUACCGAGAUUAAUGGAGAAACUACUUGUAGCACUGUCACCUAGUACAGUAAGUUUUUUCUAUUAAGUAUCAGAAUGUGAUGAGUGUGCUUUCAUGAAUAUAUCUGCAUGCAAGGACUGUAAUUUUAAUAAUGACAAGAUGAAGAAUUUCAGGUAUAUUUUAAAGCCAGCAAGUGCAUAUAUUUCCCAUUAGAUCAUGAGAAAGGUACCACUUAGUGGUUGAAUAUUAACUCUGAGCUAUAAAAAUUGAAGUUUACAUUAUUUUUUGAAAGAAUAACAAAGAAAAAAAUACCACUUCUUGUUGAACUAGGGAUGUUUAUGUGAAGAGGUGAAUUCUGUUUGAAGUUCUUUAACCCUUUAACUCCUGGAAGUGAUUGACAUAAAACGUCUCCCUACAAUAUAUAUAUACUAUUCAGCAAACAGGUAAUGAGAACAUUCAAACUUAUCAGGUAGAAGCCGUUUUCUAGAUCUAGCACCAAGUUCUCAUGACUAAUUUACCAGGAAAUAUGUAACAGUUAGAGGGGAGAAUUAACAAUCAGAUCUUUUGAGUUAAAGGGUUAAAUAUGUUUUGAGAGGGAUGGAGAUGAUUAAGGCAAAAAAAACGUUGUUUGCCAUGCACCCUUUGACAAACAUUGAGCCAGUGAAAUUUCAAAAUUUUUUACAGUAAACUAUAAGUAUGAAAAAUAAAACUGAGAGCAAUUGAAUAAAAGGCAUUUACAUGAGGUCAAAUUUCAUAUCAAUGUAGAACCAGUCUGGAAGUGACAUGACUUCUAAUUGAAAAUAAAUUAAUGACGCAAAUGUGAUAUAUUUGCUUAAAUCACUUGUGUAGAGUAUGCAGAUGAAGGAAUUAGCAAUUAGUGCAAUAGGAGCUACAGGUAAUCAUAUUGUGUUCAGGAACAUUUGUUUUAAUAGCGCAGCAUUAAAACUAAAAUUUCAGAGAGCUCAAAUGAAUGAACGUUUUAUGUGUGGUAUUUUCUUGCGAGGCCAAACAGUUCUUAGUUUAAUUUAUCUCGCUGUUUUUACUGAAUUAUUGAAGAGAAAUGCAUGCUUCAAGGAUAAUAAUUUUUCAGCUGCAAAACCCCUUGGAAAGUGAAACGCAUCCUGAAAGCGAUUUACUUUUUUGUAAUUAAAAGAAAGGAGCAGGGAAUGCUAAAAACAGAAACUGUUAUAGAUUAAAAAUUAGAAACAGUUAUACCGGUAAACUCGGCAAAAGUUAUAAUAACUGUCACUCUCUAUGCAAUUCGUUUCUUGAAUUCCUUGUCAUAUUCAUUCUUUUUUGUUACAAAUAUAUAUGUAUGUAUAUAUUUUUAUUUACAGCAAAUGCUGCUAAAGAAGCUAUGUUACCAUACUUUCCACAAAUAGUUGAAUUUAUUAAGGUAAUUACCGCACUUCCAGUAGAUAGCGAUGUUAAAUAAAAUAAUGCUUUGAAUUAGGUAUCAUUAGUCAGAUUGCUAAGGUUUCAAAUGGGAUAGACUGGAUACUUGAAAUCGAUGAUUAUGGUUGUCAUUUGCAGGAUCUAUGCGUCAUCACCUCGAGACAAAUAUUUUCCUGUCAGGCCUCAGUCAAUAAGAAUUUUAUCAUUGGAUCAUCGCUCUUUAUUUUUCUUCCUUUCUUCCUUUAGCUUAGUUCUCGCGGGGCACGCAGGACCACACAGGUCAUAUAAUAAAAACACUCAUCGCGUUCCGAUAUUACGAACAGAAAGCUAGCCUAAUAAAAAUGGACUUCAAGCUAUCUUGAUUUUCUGCUAACAUAACGAGAUGUGAAUGCCUUAAAACAGCACAAAAAAUGAAACGUAUUGGAAGGAAGACCAAUAUACUUAAAGCUCAGAACGUUUAAAUCACUUGUCUUAUCGCAUGCUGGUAUUAUUGUAAUUUCUUUUGGAUAGGAAUAUCUUAGCGACACGGGAUCAAUAGAGAGAAAUAUUCUUCGAGUACAAGCUAUUGGUGAGUCGUCCUCUGAUUCUCAUGGAUAUUUCAAUGUUAUAAUCCACAACAAUUAAGACUUUGUCUGCUACGUUUUGGAUUUGGUGGAUUAAAAGAGGACAAACUACUACUUGCUAAUCUGUGUUACUUGUUUUAUCCUAAAGUGCUUUGAUCCAUUUUCCCCUUUAUGCUUUUAAUGGCGUUUGUGUUCCCUAUCGGGUGAUCGUGUCUCUCUUUUCCUUAUUUUAUCACACCAAACGAUGUUAAAAUAUUGAGACAAAAUUCCACUAUAAUGCUCAAAUAUUUGUCGUAUACUUACGAAAUUACUGAAUUGGUGUGCUUUGCAAGCAUCAACAUCAACCGACGCGGUUGUUUGAAGGGUGAAUAACGCUAUCUGCUGGAUAAAUCUCUACUCGGUGGAUAGCGCAGUACGUUUUGUUGAUAUUUAUCCGCUGGAUAGCUCUUUAUCCGUUGCAUAGAUAGAGUUAUCCGCCCUCUAUACAACUGGACCCAUUACUGAAACUUUCAAUUUAAAAAAUUUUACAAAUAUUUUGUAUUUUUGAUAGAUACAUUAGGUGUCCUGGCUAGAACAAUUGGAGCCAGUAACUUUAUGCCAUUGGCAGAUGAGUGUGUUCAACUUGGUUUGGUAAGGUUCCCAUAUCAAACAAUAUAGUGCAAUUGUUAGUUACCAAAGAAGACACUGAGUCUGUCGUUGAUUGACGAACCUUCAAUGCGAUGUACAUACUCUAGAAGGCAGCACGUAGUCCACUAAAUACUUUCUUAUACAUAUCCACUGAAGUCGAGUGCUUAAUCGUAUUUUCAGUGGCGAACGAUCAUUUCCUGCAAGUCUCGUGUCCAUUUCUGAGACCAAGCUGACUUCAUUUGGGUAACCUUCUUCUCUCGUUAUCGGCAUCUGUUUUCUCUUGACCCUUUUGUGUUAUAUGAAUCAACUGUUGAAAUUAAGAUUCCAUCUUAGAACAAAGAGAACCUCGGUAUGGCUAUCAAUAACUUACUUACAGUUUGAAAUAUUUUCUUUCAGAGACUACUCCAAGAAGACAGAGAUCCUGAUCUAAGGAGAUGCACGUAAGAAUUCUGACCAUUGAACAACUUUCGUUGAUAUGUGCAGUUUAAUGUGACAAGUUAUAACUGGUAGUAUUACUUUGUAUAAUCAGAUAUGGUCUGUUUGCGUCAGUUUCUACAAUAUUGAAGAGCAGUAUUGGAAAAUAUUUGAAAGACAUUGUUAAGUAUAUGAUUGAAUCACUACAGUCUGCAGAAGGGAUUGUGGUAAGUUAAUUUAGGUACUGCUGGUGAUACUAGCUUUGUCCAUCAAUUUGCUCUAAGAUUUCGUUUUUGUAGUUCUGUGGUUGUGUUGUUUUUUUUUACGUGAUAUAUAGAUAAUGGUUGCAAGAUCCUUCACCCACUGCGCAAGAACAAUUAUUUUUCUUUGUCCCGCGCUCGUGACAAGACGAAAAGUAUCAGUCUUUCAUUAUUUCUCUACCGAGCUCAAAACUCUUAUUCUAUUUACAAACAUGACGUUAUCGAUAUUGCUGAUCCUAGCAGUACGCAGGACGCAUGUCAUAUGAACUUCGUAAUAGAACUCUUUCACCGUGGAGUCUCUGUGGCUCAGUGGUAGAGCAUCGGAGCGCGGAAUCCGAAGGUCUGAUGUUCGAUUCCUCAAGGGGACUCAGAAGUUUUUCUUUGUUCAACGCUCGUGACAAGACAAAAAAACAUCUUUCUUAACAGUUAUCAUUGUUACAGCGAUUACACUCACGAUUACAACUUAGCCUUAGCUCUUUCACUCCCAAGAUCUCAUUAGUAAUUCUCCUUACUGCUGCCAUACAAUUAUUUUAAUGUAAGUUCAGAGAAUUUGCCAUGGAACGACUAAUAAUCCCUCAAUUGAUAGUUUUCUUUAUUCUCAUCACUUGUCUGCUUGAUGUUGUAUCGAUAUUGUACGAGAAAUUCUGUCUGGAUCGAUCAUGGGAGUUUGGGGAUUAACGUGAUAAAGUGAUAAAAACUGCAUUAUCAUAUCAGUAAACAAGAACUCGGAUGACACAAGCAUGAAAAGUGAAGAAGAGAAAAUAAUAUCUUCAUUAGAGAAGUGUACAUUGUUCUUCAUAUGCAGAUAUACCUAUUCUGUAAUGUUGCAUAAGCCAAAGUUUCUUAUUUGCAUUAAGUACCGGCGAAAGAUAAUACACUUACGGUAGACGUUUGUGAUCUUGGCCCGUAAGUAAGUCAACUUUUAGUCUGUACCAGACUCUCGGUGAAUAGAAACAAUCGAAAAAGCGGGCGAAUAAAAAAUAAAAAAGGCGGAGGUCUGGGAAAGAAAUAAAAGGAUUGACGUAUUUAAAAUAAUGCUGAAGGACUCUCCCGCCAAUUUUUCGCCGCUCGCCUAGUUGUUUGAUCGUUUCUGCCGAAGCUGGCUAAUGUAUGCUAUAUUCUUAUUAUAUAAUUCAGACGCAUUAUGCAACUGAAGAUGACCCAAGUUUUUUACUGGAAGAUGAAGACUUAGAAGGCGAUGAGGGUGUCGAAAACGACGAUGAUGAAGUAACUGGGUAUAGAAUGGUUUUUCUUUUUUAAGUAUUGGUAAUAUAGUUCGUAUUGUGAUGAAUUUUAGGUUCCAGCUGUCUGUCUAUUUUCCUUUUCAGUGAUUGAAUUGCUUUUCUUUUUUUCCCAACCCAGCGAUCAAGUGAUGUUUACUUUUUCAGAAUCUUUGCCAUACUUGACUUCCGUUCGUUGUUUGAUUCCCUUUGUUUACAGAUAUAGUGUAGAAAAUGCCUACUUAGAGGAAAAAGAAGACACUUGUAACGCUCUUGGGGAAAUUUCAGAAAACUCAGGGUAGGUUGUAUUGCGUGUGUCAUUACAUUGUGUGAAUGAUACGUUUGAUGCAGAUGCUUUUGGACUUGCAUCUUGUACCAAUCUCCGCCUUCCAUGCUGCCAAGAUUUGUGCCCGCAUUUUCAUUGGCAAGGGCAUUCUUAACAUACAAACUUGCACUUAUGGACGAACGGUCUCGUUAUAAACGAAAUUUUUUCGGCUCGAGGGUUCUUAUUCAUACCAUCAUUUUGUUUAUGAGUAUGGGGCUUCACUGUGCACGUUGUGCGCGCUGCGAACUCCGCUAUUACGCAAAAUGUUUUCUGCUAAAUUUCCAUAGGCCUGAGCUAGUUUUUAUUGCCGAUAAACUUGUUACUUUUCUCUAAUACUUUUUCAAUGAAGAUUCUGAAUCCUAGAAAAAAGAGGAAGGAUCUAGGGGCAAACAGAUUUAUCCUGAUAUGUUUAUCCAGUAGGUACUAUGGAGAAGUGGGUGAAUGUGAAAUAAGCUUGUUUACUGGCUGUUAAACAAGUUCUCUGUGGCUCGUAAGGUCUGUUGGUCGAAUCAUCACAAAGGACUCAGAGUUUCUUCUUUGACCUACGCCCAUAAAAUCACUUUGAAAUCUUUCUUUACUGAUUAGAGUUUCGAUGUUUGACUUUUCUGUUCGUGACAGGAAGGAGUUUCUACCAUAUUUAGAUGAGUCGUUUCAAGAAGUUUUAAAAUUGAUUCAGGUAUGAACUUCCUGUGUUUUAAUAGGUCGGUGGAUGAUUUCAAAACCAUUUGAAUUGAAGUGAUGUGGGAAACAUUGCCCUCUAAGACGAUGCUUGGAUAUACAAAGUACCUUGGAAAAAAAUUCCUUUGGGAAAACUGUAUAACCACCGCUCCAUCGAUAGGAAGUAGCCCUAUGUUGUUGAAAUCUGAACAACCACUGGCGGGGAAUUGUCUGAGAGUCCUGAUGAAAUGCUGUGAGAUAGGGGUGACAAAUUUGUGCCUUGGGGGGAGCAUUGAUACCUUUAAUCUCCUCAUGCUCUGGAGAUCAGGAUAUGUUCGGCUCGUAUGGGCUAACGGGCUUGAGUUUAACUAAAAUUCAAGCCCGUUAGCCGUUGAGACCUGCCUUCCUGUUAAGUUACAACGUAUAUUUUGCCAAAUCUCUGGGCCACUCAAGUAUGAUGUUAAACAAUACUUCUUUUGAAUGUCCUACGGUUAUAAACUUUCUUACCCUUGUAUAAACAAUUAGGAAGUGAAAGCUUUAAUAUGAUAAUAUAACAAACUAAGGCAAGUUGUUUUCAUCUCUGACAGUUUCCUCACCCAGGAGUGCGAAAGGGAGCCGUGAUGGCGCUAGGUCAGUUCUGCAAUGGAUACCAUUCUUUACUUCAAGAAGCUGGUGAAGAGGAUAAAACCGCAUGUAUGUACAGAAAACUAUCUAAGGUCUACUAGUGUUGUAGUUACUACUGCAGAAAGGAAAGCCAAUCAGAAUGCUGGAAAGCCUUUGUAUACGAUUAUUUGACCUUGACUGUCCUUUUUGAAUACCAUUGACAACUUAAUUUUCCAUUGCAUUGGUUUAUAUCUAAUUUUAAGCAUGGGUGUCCCGCCUAUUGUUUCUGCCCUUGUUGUCCCACUUGUUCCAUGGUCUAAGAACAUAAUGCUGUUUGUUAUUCCGUGUUUUUGUCAUUCCGCGAACAAUUCGAACGAUUCGUUUAGAAUUUAGCUGACUAUGCAUUACGCAGAAGUUCAAAAGAAGCGUACAUUUGAGUGCCCCAUCUUAUCAGCCCAGUCACAACAACUUUAUCCUUAAUUUUUAAUUUUCUCAGUACAACGUAUGCUUGGCACAGCCAUACCCACUUUUAUCGCCGUUACAACUAAGGACAAGGAUAGGUCAGUUGCCAUGGCAACCCUGCAGUCACUUAAUGAAGUACUAAAGGCAGUCAAGUCUUUGAUCAUUGAUGAACAGGGAUACCAUGACGCCAUCGCCGGUGCUGUCAGAACUGUGCUCAUGCACAAGGUUUGUUAACUAAAUUUCUUCAAAUGAUUUGUAAUCUCCUUUUCAUCUCAGAAUUUCUCGUUCUCAAAAAACAAGCAUAAUAGUAAAAACGUGAGUGACGUAGAAAAAAAGAAAACAAAGAAACGAACAUUUAUAAACGUGUGGCUUCAUAGCUCAGUUGGUGGUAGCGCCCAGAUAAUAUCUGGAAGGCCUGGGUUCGAAUCCCGUCGAAGCCUGAAUUUUUUUCCGGCUUCUUUUCUGCAAUUGUUUAACCCUUUAGCCCUAAAGAGUUACCAACAUCUAAUUUCUCCUAACAACAUCACCCUUGAAUCAAACAUUAAGGUCAUGAGAAUAAAGGAGACGAUCACCAACUAAAGAAGCUGUUGAUGGUUGAACAAAUUCUCCUUGUCAGAACCCAAGGAAAUGUCUAGGGAGUAGUACGGAGAAUAUGCAUACUGAUGUUAGGGAGUAAAGGGUUAGAUUACAGCUCUCCUGCGAGGAUCACUGCUUUUCUUAAUCUUCAACCGCAGGAUAAAAAAUUAUAAAAGAUUUCAAAGUAAUGAAGUCUCGAAAACUUUUAGUAAUGGUGAUAAAACAAAGUAAAAGAGUUCUCACUUUGGAGUUUACCGAUUUUCUAACUUUGAAACUAUUUUGUCUGGACUGAAACAGCACGUGGCUAGAUGAUACUUUGUAAGAUCAUCUAAUUGAUGCUAGUUUGUAUCCUGGGGCAAAUUUCCUGAAGAUAAGAUUAGUCCACCGCGUAACCCAUAAAUUGUAAGUACUUCACCACAAGUUUCUUCACACGGUGGUUCUAAUUCUCAGUCACCCUUUUCGGGAAGGACUUUUGGUAUCUUAAAACAAAACUGCGCCAAAAACGCCUUUAUGGAGAUCACCAAAUCAUGUGUUUCUUGUUUUUUAGACUGCUUGUCAACAAGAAGAUGAUGAUGACGUUGAAGAUUCAGACCAACAGGCUGAGUUUGAUGCCAUGUUGAUUGAAUAUGCUGGAGACAUUUUGCCUUCAUUGGCGACAGCUGUGGGCGGUCAGAUCUUUGCACCGUACUUUGCUGGAUUCUUGCCUUUGCUUUUGAAGAAAACGGUCAGUAAGAAUACAACGUUUACUUGUAUAAACCUAGCAGUAAUAUUUGUGUCAGCAUAGUCUACAAUACAAUUGAAUGGGGAACAACCCACCUCCUCUUCGUGCAAGAAUGGCUACGUAAAAAUACCAGAGUAAAAUGCUAUAAGUUCUCGAAGGCUUUACAAUUUUUUAAGUCAGUUUUUACCGCCGCAUUUGAAUUUCUCCCACUUUUUUUGUUAUUGCCUAACCUGUUAACCCUUUACACCCCAACAUCUCUAUGCAUAUUCUCCAUACUGUUCUCCAUGCAUUACCUAAUGUACUGAAUAGGUGAAUUUGUUUAACAAUCAAGAGCUUUUUUAGUUAGUGAUCAUUUCUUUUAUUCUCCUGACCUUAAUGUGUGGUUCAGGGGUGAUACUGUAAGGAGAAAUUAGAUACUUGUCACUCUUAGGGUCAAAGGGUUAAGCGAGAGAAAGCAGGAAAUAUAUAUUGGGUGCGGCCCAGUGUAGUAGUUCUUUGAAAGGAGACGGCUUAGUUUUCUAUUCUAAUUAAUUACUAUUUUGAAGAGGUUAAACAACGUAGUUUAUUCCUUCUCGCAGAGAAAAUCUUGCCCGGUCUCUGAUAAAUCAUUUGCCAUUGGAACUAUCUCGGAGGUAAGUUGCUAUGGAAUUCGAUUAUUCAUUGAUUUGUUUUGUUUGGGGACAAAUGUUUGCUACCGCCCAGAGAAACCUUUGGUUGACCAAUAACGUUACGGAGAAACGGAUGAAACGGGUUUACGAACUGUAUCUAUAACACUCGACUGACGACAGCACUUCACUCAGCUCUGAUGGUGAUUUCCGUUCAGGUUGUGGAAACAUCAGUCAUUACUACUUACGACAGUCCUUCUCAGGGCAAUUCUCACUCGGAAGAUCAGUUCUCACGAUCUUGUGUUACUCCUGGUGUCAAACCAUAUACUGUAAUGCUUAUAAAUCUUUGACAAGGAGACAGCUACAUUUUGUAGGACACAUGUAGCCAAAAUAACUCCACAAAUGUUGUUUAACAGGUAAUGCUUGCCAUGAGCCACGCCAUUGUUCCCUUUGUGCAGCAUAUCUUUCCUGUGUUCAUGACGUCACUCAAAGACGAGGAUGAUGAAGUGAGAAGUAAUACUAUCUAUGGCCUUGGUAUUCUGGCCUUUUAUGGAGGAGACCUUAUCACACCGUAUCCGCAUGUGUAUUUUUGGUACAAAUUUUAUUGAAUUACUCAGUCAAAAUGUUUACCUUUUAUUUCAAAGCGUAAUGUAAACAUUUUUAAAAUUAACUUUCGCCCUGAAGAGGUACUGAAAGCUGUAAAUUCGAUUAUUCGCCGUCUCUCAAAGACGACUUGCAACGAUAAAGCUGUUGGACGACUGUUUUCUUAGAGAUAAUUUGUGGGGAUGAUUUGUGGGUGUUUUCUUAACUUCCUUCAAGUCAAUAUCCAACCAUUUUAGAAGCUCUGUUUGUGAUCCUGUCCCAAAAUCAACCUCCUCGAGUGGUGGACAACAUUUGUGGAGCUGUCAGCAGGAUGAUUAUGGCAAAUAGGAAUUUUCUUCCUCUGGAAAAGGUGAGGAUUUCGUUUUCAUUAACUUCACUUUUCUUGCAUUCAGUUUAUUUUCCUCUUUAAGGAGCAAUUACUUGGCUUCCCGUGCGGGUCUUUGUGUUCUGUUCUUGAGUAAGACGUUUCACUCACGCAAUGCCUCACAAUGACAGGGAAACCCGACGGGGGGAGGGCAAGGACAUGAAAUAGGGUACUAACCGACUACAUCGUGAUCCACUGUUCUUGCAGGUUUUUCCAGGAUUAUUGCAGUGUCUUCCCUUGAAAGAAGAUUUUGAAGAAAACGAUCCCGUAUAUUCAUGCAUUAUAGAACUUUUUAGUGAUCAGCAUCCUCUCAUCAGACAGUAUUUACCACAACUUCUCGCAAUUUUUUCACAAGUUCUACCUUCUGACACACUACAAGAUGGUGAGUAACAGAAGAUAUGAAUGGGUCCAGUUAUUUCAGGUCACUGUAGAAACUAGAUGUAAAAAUCAUUAUGGAUUUCGCAGUCAAAUUUCACUCGUUUACUCCCUGUCCCCUAGAGUGGCCAAUUGCUUAUGUCUUGUAACGAUGGUAUGUAUCGGACGAGCAUAGUCGAAUAUUCUGUGUUGGUUUUGACUCAUUCUUUGAUUUUUCAAUUUUUUUAUUUCGUUUAAUCAAAGAAACAAAAACAAUGAAAUUGCUGAAAGAAAAUUCGAUCCAAGAAAAUUUGUGUCUGAUUAUGUAUAUGUUUUCAGGUAUUCGUUCAGGACUUGUCAGUGUGAUACAAAACAUUCACCAACAAUCUCCACAAAGAUUCCAGAACAUUCUUGCAGAAAUGCCUCAAGAGCAUGCUCAAGUGCUGAUGACCGCUGCCACUGUGCAGGCGCCCGGUUGACAUCACUUGCGAUUUUAACUACAUCGCAGAGGAUCAUUGCUUUCAGUGAAAAGUGAAGUGACCUAUUUGUCUCCCAUAAGCAGUAUCGCCUGAGUUGUCAACUGGCUUAUGUAAACAGAGACAACAUAAGAUUUUGCAGGGUGGGAAUGUCGCUAUGAUUUGCUUAUCGAACAACUUACCACGCAACAUGCAAUUAGAAAUGGCAAUAGGACUUUGUGGAGUCCAAUACAGGCUGAAAGUGGGCUUGUAAUAACCAAUCACGUUCGAGAAGUUAGUUACAGUUUGGAUUAUCAUAGAAAUUAAAAGAUAAGAGAAAAAAAACUCGUAUAUGAAAAUAUGACCACGCAUAUUUGAAAGGUUAAUGCAAAUAUCUUUGAAUGAAUUGAAAAGAGACUGGAAAGUGGUAGUUAAAUAUUUUUAAUUUGUAAAACUUAUUUACGGAAUGCAUUGUAACGUCAUCACCGUUUGUAAGGUAUUACUCAUACAAACAGGUCUCUUUUCAUCUUUUCAUUUGACAAUAGCACAGCUAAAUUUACUACCAAGUACAUGAAGCUGGAGAAAAUGCAUUUAUCUGAAAUGAUAUAUUUAAUAGUUAAAGUGACUUCAAGCUGUCAUUGUGAACAGUCAAUUAAAGAAGUGUAUUUUAAAUCUCGAGCGAAUGGCAAAAUCAAAAGAAGAUGACAGAAAUUUGAUUACUUUAUAUUGGAAUUGAGUUCUGAACGUAUCUAUGUUCUAACUUUGUAGAAUUCUGUGUUCGGAAAAAUCUGAUUGAAGAUCGAAAACAAUAAGUUUACAAAAGCAGAAGAAGAAUAAAAGUUAUGGUAUACCU